CGCAUCUCAUUGUCCGACUCAGAGACUUAUUGGAUAGUAUAGUAACUCGAGCCGUUACGCGUGGUGGACGACCGCUCCCUGCUACUAUCAACAUCCUCGUCAUGGACCAGGAAUCUUUCCGGAAGCUCCUGCAAACACCCAAACCGUCGGGCACCCCGACUGCACCGACGGCAAGAGGAUCACUGCUCGCUGCCGCCAGUAAGGCUAAGAGCAAGACGGUAGCCUCGUCGCAGCCCGCGUUCAAACCACGGACCGUCAAGAAGAAAGCGCAGGCGGACCAAGCAUACCGCGACCGUGCGUCGGAGCGUCGGCAGGGCGUCGGUAACGACUACGCCCAAGUAGAGGCUCUCGCAGAGGACUUCGAGAAACGCACGGCUGAGAAUGCCGAUCGCGCGGCAGUAGAAGAGCAACGGCGGUACCUCGGCGGGGACAGCGACCACACCGUGCUGGUCAAGGGCCUCGACUUCGCUCUGCUGGAACAGAACAGGGCUCGUCUGGCCGCGUCGUCUGGGGCGGUCGAUGAUGAAUCGUUGGAGCAGGUCUUCCGAGAGGUCGCAGCCACCGCCCCGCGCAAACGCACGCGCGAGGAGAUCGUGCAGGAGCUGAAGGCGAAGCGGGCUAAGACGUCAUCGGGGCCGGAGGACACUGACGCGGGCGGGGACGAGAAGCCGACGGCGGCGGGCCCUGCACUUAAGGAGGCGAAGAAGGCGGGGAAGUUCAGACCCAUAGGUUUCAAGCCCAUUGGAGGUGGCUCGGAGAAGACGAAGAAGAAGAAACUGAAGGCGAAAAUAGAGGGCCAGGAAGGCGAGCCUGCGCGGAAGAAGAAAGUCAAGUCAGACGUGUCUGCCGGGCGACCACCACCUGAACUGACGCCUACCGCCAAGGCGGGGCCUUCUACCGUUAUUGAACCUCCUGCGCCUCUACCCAAGGCGGCGCCACCACCGGAGCCCGAGCCUGUGGAUGAAGACUUCGACAUCUUCGCAGGCGUAGGGGAAUACACGGGUGUCGACCUGGGCGACGACGACGAAAGCGAGCACGAGCACUCAGGCAGAGAACGUGAGGAAGGUGAAGCGGAGGAAACUCCGCCGCCGCCGAAGGCGCGCUGGGUCGCAGUGGACGAGGAACAACCGGGGAAUCGCGCAAGUCCGAGCCCGCCGAAGGCUGGGCCUCCUGAGGCUAGUCCGCCCGCAAAUACACAGCACACGCCAGUGGCUGCAGCAGUGUCAGAUCACGAAGAGGGUGAGGAGGAGGAGGAGCGGCCUAUGCGGCUGCAGCCCCUUGCUUCCUCUGCAAUACCUUCCAUCAGGGACCUGCUCGACAUGGAUGCCUCAUCGGGUAAAAGGAAGCGCGGAGGGAAGAAGGGCAAGAAGAAGGACAACAAUGCAGAAACGGAAGGCGGCGUGGACAAGAACAAGAUCGACAGAGAUUAUAAGCGGCGUACACGGACAAGAAGGGUACCGGCUCUUAGCUGAUCUAUAAUCCUUGACGGGUACAUUCGCCCUACACACAUGAUCUUUGCGACAUACACCAAUAUCAGUAUCUGCAUAUGGGUUCAUUCA